CGUUAGUGAGACGAGCUGGCGAGAGGGAGAUCAGCUAAACAACCCAAUCGCCUUAGUCCUCCCGUCACUCGGCAAAGAUCUGUCGAGGCCCGAACAGAGAUGCCCAUUGCUGAUGCUAAUGGGGCGCCUCCCCGGGUGAUGGUAAACAUCCCCGCUACCUUUCCCAUCUAUCCUAACUACACUCAUCCAGACGCAUGGCUUGAAGCCGUGCAAGCGCAGGGCUAUGGCGCUGAGGAUCUUCCCCGCGUCAUCACCCUGUUACUCCGAAACACCUCGCACGAUUGGUUUAGAAGGCACCGGUGGGUAGACUGGGAUACUUUCAAGAGAGCAUUCCUUGCGCGAUUUGACGCGGUCAGUGAAAACGAUGCCUGGUUCGUAUUGAAAACCCGUCCGCAGGAACCAGGGGAAUUGCUACCUGACUUCGUGGAUCGUUUUCAGACUGCCUUGGACAAAUCGGGACGGGAAGAGAAGGAGGCUCGGGAUUUGUUUAUCGAUCAUCUCUGCAAUCCCGUGUUGAAGGCGAAAUUGCAGAAAAAGUUCCCCCCCAAGACAAACCAACAGUCAGUUAUCAUAGCCAAGGCACUUCAGUUGGAUCUGCUGGAUACACUGAGGUGCCACUGGUCACGAUACUAUAGUAAUCGGGAGCUGGAACACACUCACGAGAUCUCGAUGCUGUUGGCGCAGAUGUGGCCGAACGAGUCGGCCACCGACGGUACGUUGGUGGGAUUGUUGUGCGGAGAGAUCGCCAAGGGAGGACGAGCCACGGUCGCCUACGAACUUCUCACAUUCUUAUCGCAGCUCAUCGACGAUCUUCCGACGGACAUCAUUUCCUACAAUCCAAGCGAUCCGAAGCAGACGGCACCUGAAACCCUGGAAAGAAAGUUGACGCCAACCGUAAUCUGGGCAAACUGUACGGAGGAUUACGGGCAGUAUCUAAGCGAUCACGAUCCAACGGCUUGGUGUUACUUGGACCUGGACGAGCUUGCACCCGACAAUUCCGACUUCAACGAGUUUUGGCAGGCGCAUUGGGAGAACGGGGAGUUGCCAUCAGACGACGAUCCAGGUCGCAUAGCCAUCGCUGGACUAUUGGAGGAAGAGGAGCCAGAAGCUCGGUCGACCUCCAAGGAAGAAGGAGAGGCAUCAACACCUGAACACCGGGAAGCCUCGCAAGCACCGCCACUCGCUCAAGGAGGAUCGGCCUUGAAUCCCGCUGUCCCCUCGGACGCUGCUAGCCGGCACGAUGGCGCACCAACCUCCCGCCGGCGCCGCCGCCCUCGCUCACCUUCUCCAGCCGCUUCCGCCCCCUCCGCGCUUCGUCCCCAUCCUCCUCCCGGCCCGGACAUACCGUCCUCGUCUUGUCUACCGCCGCCCUCUUGAUUUCCUCCGUUUCCGACCUCUCCCCCACCUUGAAUUCCCCUUGGAUUAUCGCGUCUUCGUCAA